AUGAUUUAUGGUACUUUCCUACUGUUACUACAUCUGCCUUUGCUGUUUGCUAUUGCUAUUUUAAAUUUGCAUUGUCAGGCAGUGGAUGCAACUAAUGAUUAUUUCUUUCGAUCACCAAAAUGGGUGAAUCUGGGACCAUCCGGAGGUUCACUCGUUUCCGGCCGCGGUAAUUUCCGGCCAGGCUUUAGUUCGAGUGUUUCCGAUAGUCGCUUUUACUUAUCCGAGCCAUUAUUUGCAUUCAAAAGAACAUGA